UUUUUCUACCAGUAAGCCUCUUCUCUUCUCCCUCUCUGGUCUCGCACCCUCAACACAGAAAGACACACACACACAAACACAGAAAAAAAACCCCAUUAAACUCUUGGUGGGUGCUUUCAAAAAUUUGAUAUUUUCACACCAUAAAAUUUUCACCUCAUUAUCAGAUCCAAGCUGCUAUUUUUUACCAGGUUUGGAGGUUUUAAUACAUAUGAAUGGCGUGGAGGGUGGCAGGGAAAAAGGGUACCUUAAUUAGUCUUACAAAGGAACUGGCAGUAAGAUCCAGGCAUGCUCCAGCGUCAGUUUCCAAAACCGACCUUGAAGAGGCGCAGAGAAAAAUUCCAGUUUUGUUUGGACAACUACAAGGAUGCUUCCGGAAUGCAGAUCAAUGGAAGUCAAACUACGGCAACCUCCUAACAUGCAGAUCUUCAAUAAGGUAUUUUCAUGCCAGUCUAGAAGCACUGGCUUGGAAAAAAGAACCCGAAGCUUUGGGUUUGAAGAUACAGAAGAAAGGGAAAUUCAAGAAAAGGACAAAGGAUUCCUCGCCACCUGUUGAAGCUCCUUAUGUGCCUCCCAAACUAAAAAGAGCUGCUAACUCCUCCUUAUCAGAUAAAACUGUAGAGAUAUUCGAAGGUAUGACAAUUGUUGAGCUCGCCAAGCGUUGUGGAGAGUCGAUAUCUGUCUUGCAGGAUAUCCUUAUAAAUGUAGGGGAGAAAGUUGACUCAGAAUAUGAUCCUCUUGGCAUCGACAUUGCCGAGCUCGUUGCGAUGGAAAUUGGAGUAAAUGUUAGGAGGCUGCAUUCAAACGAAGGUGCUGAAGUCUUGCCACGUCCGCCAGUGGUUACAGUGAUGGGUCAUGUUGACCACGGUAAAACAUCCCUUUUAGACGCUCUACGUCUCACAUCUGUGGCUGCUAAGGAAGCUGGAGGCAUAACUCAGCAUUUGGGUGCGUUUGUUGUUGGAAUGCCUUCUGGGGCAUCGAUCACGUUCCUUGACACUCCUGGUCAUGCGGCAUUUAGUGCUAUGCGACAAAGAGGUGCAGCGGUCACUGACAUUGUUGUUUUGGUAGUUGCUGCUGAUGACGGCGUUAUGCCACAAACGCUGGAAGCGAUGUCCCAUGCAAAAGCAGCUGAUGUUCCCAUUGUUGUUGCCGUUAAUAAAUGUGACAAACCGGCAGCAAAUCCUGAAAGAGUGAAGAUCCAGCUCGCAACAGAAGGGUUGGCUCUCGAAGAGAUGGGUGGAGAUGUUCAGGUUGUUGAAGUCUCUGCUGUAACUAAAAUCGGGUUGGAUAAGCUGGAGGAGGCAUUGCUUCUCCAGGCUGAGUUAAUGGAUCUGAAGUCACGUGUAGAUGGACCCGCCCAAGCUUAUGUGGUCGAAGCAAGGGUUGAUAGGGGACGGGGUCCAUUGGCUACUGCAAUAGUGAAAGCUGGAACCCUUGUCUGUGGUCAGCAUGUUGUCGUAGGUACUGAGUGGGGAAAGAUCAGGGCUAUCAGGGAUAUGCUAGGAAAAUCAACCGAUAGGGCUAGACCGGCUAUGCCUGUGGAGAUCGAAGGACUCAAGGGGCUUCCGAUGGCCGGUGAUGACAUUACCGUCGUCCACUCUGAGGAAAGGGCAAGGAUGCUUAGUGAAGGGAGGAAAAAGAAAUUUGAAAAAGAUAGACUUAGGAAGAUGCAAGCGGAAAAAUCAGGAGCUUUAAUAGCAGAAGCUAAUUCAGAAGACGAAGAAGGAGAAGAGAAGCCAAAGAGGGUUGAAAUGACAAUGAUAGUAAAAGCAGAUGUUCAAGGAACUGUUCAAGCCGUUACAGAUGCAUUGAAGAGUUUGGAUAGUCCUCAGGUUUUCGUGAACAUUGUCCAUGGAGGAGUGGGGUCUAUUUCUGAGUCUGACGUGGAUCUAGCACAAGCUUGUGGGGCAUUUAUUGUCGGAUUUAACAUACGAAAUCCACCUAGUUCAAUAAGUCAAGCAGCAACUCAAGCUGGCGUUAAGAUAAAACUCCAUCGUGUGAUCUAUCAUCUUUUAGAGGAUAUUGGCAAUUCUAUUGUUGAAAAAGCCCCCGGGACAUUUGAGACACAGGUUGCGGGAGAGGCACAGGUACUGAGCAUAUUUGAGAUUAAAGGAAGGAGCAAAGCGAAGGGAGAGGACGUUAAGAUAGCUGGUUGUCGUGUGAUGGAUGGCCGACUCACCAGAUCAUCGACAAUGAGGCUUCUUAGAAGUGGUGAGGUUGUUUUCGAAGGAUGUUGUGCAUCGCUGAAGCGUGAGAAGCAGGAUGUCGAAGCAGUUGGAAAGGGGAAUGAAUGUGGACUUGUGAUUCAAAAUUGGGUUGACUUUAAGGUUGGAGAUGUCAUCCAAUGCUUGGAACAAGUCAACAGAAAACCCAAAUUUAUUUCAUCGCAAAGCGGCGCUGUCAGAAUAGAAUGUUGAUAGAAUUUUCACUAAGAAAUGAGUAACUUUCUUUGACAAUGUAGGUUAUCUAUCUCUGUUUUUUUGAGUCCAAAACCUAGGCCUUAUUGUUCUAUUUAUUCUUGAGUAGAUGUGAAACAAUUUUACUGUAUAAAACCCUAAAGUAAACCCUUUACACUGAACAACAACAAUUAUACAGUGUAUGUUCAUUUUUACCUAGAGAGAGCAAAUCCUUUCUUUGGAGUUGAACAUAAUAAAUGUUGUAUGCUACAGCUAUACAAAACAAUUUUGGUAUUACAUACAGGACACUAUGAACUACUAAUA